AUGGGCCGUUCCAGAAAUGCUCCGUCAAAGAAAGGAAUCCGGGGGAAGAAUAGCGAGACAACCCGGUCCUUACAGAAAGCUCCACCAAGCAUACCAGAUCUUUUGGGAAGCGCACAGAGCCUGAUGGACCAGAUGAACUUCGAAUCGGCCCGAAGAUUCGUCGAUAGGAUAUUAGAGCGUGAUCCAGCCAAUUCAAAAGGGAGGGAAAUGCUAGGCUUGAUAGAAAUUGAAGAUGGCAACAUCGACGCUGCACGCAAGGCAUUCAGUUCUCUCAUUCCCCCAUCUCCCACGUCUCCAUCACCCCCUCCAUAUUCUGCCUACCUCUAUCUUGCCCAACUCACAGACGACGACCCGAGGGAGGCGCUUGCUUAUUACCAGUCAGCCGUUGAUCUACUUCUCAAGGAAACAGAAAGGGGAAAUAAUCAACCACAAGCCAGCGAAAAAAAUGAAGAUGUUUUUAAAUUGAAGCUAACUACAAUAAGUGCGCUAGUUGGGAUGGUAGAAAUUUGGAUGUCGUCAGAUCUCUGCUUCGAGCCAGAAGCAGAACAGACAUGCGAUAAUCUAGUGUCUUUAGCUAUCCAAUCGGAUCCAGAUAACCUGGAGGCAUUGGAAUGUUUGGCUUCAGUUAGAAUGUCGCAAAAUAAGCCCGAUGAUGCGAGGUCCGCAUUGGAACGUGCAUGGGUUCUCAUAAAGGAUCUGGACCCGGAGGACCCCAAUCUCCCGCCAAUCUCAACGAGGCUCUCUCUCACCCGCCGGUUCCUCGAACUCUCGCUGUUCUCACCGGCUCUGGUGUUGCUUCAGGGGGUUAUCGCCGCAGACGAUGAAGAGAUGGAUGCUUGGUAUUUACAAGGAUGGUGUCUGUAUCUGAUGGCUAUGCAAACUCAAAAAACGGGGGAAAUUUUUGAAGAUCUUAGCCGUGAAGAAUUACUUCAGGAUGCCCGGGAUUGUUUGGACACAUGUUUAGCGCUCAGAGGCGACGAUGGAGAAAUAAUGGAGCACGUUGAUCAGUUGAUCAAAGAGUUAGAUGCCGCCGGAAUUCAUCCCUCAAAAAAGAGCGAGGAGGAUGAGGAUGGUGAUGAGAGCUGGGAAUCAGAAGAAGAGGAAGGAAGUGAUGUCGAAAUGGGUUAG